CGACAGGCCGCAUCACGUGACGCGCGGCGUACCUUGAUAUGCGCGCGCUUGCGCGUGUCCCGGGGAACCGCUGACGGGAGUGCGCGCUUCCAAGAGGCGGAGGCGGAGGCGGGGGCCGGACCAGCCGAGGGCUGCGGGAGUCGCUGGGCCCGACGGAGUGGGAGGGUGAGGCCAGCUCCGAGACCGCGACAACGACAUUCCGAGCUAGCCCUUGAGGCCGAGUGGAGAAGAUGCUGUGGUUCCAGGGCGCCAUUCCGGCCGCCAUCGCGUCGGCUAAGAGGAGCGGCUCGGUCUUCGUGGUGUUUGUGGCAGGUGAUGAUGAACAGUCUACACAGAUGGCUGCAAGUUGGGAAGAUGAGAAAGUGACAGAAGCAUCUUCAAACAGUUUUGUUGCUAUUAAAAUUGAUACCAAAAGUGAAGCCUGUCUACAAUUUUCACAAAUCUAUCCUGUAGUAUGUAUUCCAUCCAGUUUCUUUAUUGGAGACAGUGGAAUUCCUUUGGAAGUAAUAGCAGGAAGCGUUUCGGCAGAAGAACUUGUUGCAAGAAUUCACAAAGUCCGACAGAUGCAUUUACUGAAAGGUGAAACAUCAGUGGCAAGUGGCAGCCAGUCAGAAAGUCCAAUGUCUACUUCAUUUGCCUCAUUUGAACCUAACAGCACUUCUGAAAAUUCUCAGUCAAGAAACACAGGUUGUAAGACAUCACCUACUUCUAAUACAAACCUAGAUACUGCAACAGGAGGAGAAAGUUCAAGCCAUGUUCCUGCCUCUCAAGAGAAUAAUGGUUGUUCAAAUGAGAGAUCUGCAGAGGACCUCACCGUCAGAGUGGAAAGAUUAACAAAAAAGCUUGAAGAGAGGAGAGAGGAGAAGAGGAAAGAAGAAGAACAGAGAGAGAUUAAGAAGGAAAUUGAGAGAAGAAAAACUGGAAAAGAAAUGUUGGAUUAUAAAAGAAAACAAGAAGAAGAAUUAACAAAAAGAAUGUUAGAAGAAAGAAAUAGAGAAAAGGCAGAAGACAGAGCAGCUCGAGAGCGUAUAAAACAGCAAAUUGCGAUGGAUCGUGCAGAGCGAGCUGCUCGUUUUGCAAAGACAAAAGAAGAAGUAGAGGCUGCCAAAGCUGCUGCUGCCUUGUUGUCCAAACAGGCAGAAAUGGAAAUCAAGAGGGAAUCAUAUGCACGAGAAAGAAGCACUAUUGCAAGAAUUCAAUUCCGUUUACCUGAUGGGUCUUCCUUUACAAAUCAAUUUCCUUCUGAUGCUCCACUAGAAAACGCAAGACAGUUUGCUGCACAAACUGUUGGCAAUACUUAUGGUAAUUUUUCAUUAGCAACCAUGUUUCCCAGAAGGGAAUUUACCAAAGAAGAUUACAAAAAAAAAUUACUGGAUUUGGAACUUGCUCCAAGUGCUUCAGUGGUACUAUUACCAGCAGGACGGCCAGCUACAUCUGUUGUACACUCUUCCAGUGGAGAUAUUUGGACCUUAUUGGGGACAGUACUUUAUCCAUUCCUUGCCAUCUGGAGAUUGAUUAGCAAUUUCUUGUUUAGUAAUCCUCCUGCACAGACUUCAGCAAGAGCAGCAUCACCUGAACCUUUAAACUCUGCAUCAUCUAGCAAAUCAGAAAAAAGGGAACCAGUCAGAAAAAGAGUGCUGGAGAAACGAGGAGAAGAUUUUAAAAAGGAGGGGAAGAUAUAUAGAUUGAGGACUCAAGAUGAUGGUGAAGAUGAAAACAACACUUGGAAUGGAAAUUCUACUCAGCAGAUGUAGUGCAAUAAGUACAAUAUGUCAAUAAUCAUUGUUUCUCUUACGAUUUAAUUCAACUAAAAUUCUACUGGAGAAGUGGGUCUGCAUUGUUUCCCAACUUACCUAUAAAAAAUUUCUUUAUUCCUGCUUUAUGGAUGUGGGUUAGAGUUUAACUCAGAAAAGACAAAAUGAUUGGCUGCUAGGUUCUCGCAUAUAAUAACCAACUGCUAGAAACCUAAAAAAUUAAAAGGUUUGCCACAUUCUCCAUCAGCUUUUUAAUUGUUUUCAUAGAUCUUUAGCCAUGUGCUCUCACAUGAAAUAUUUUGUUUAGAAUACUUUUGCUUUAAGACUCAUAAAUCCACACAAAGUAAAGAUAUGUCACUAAUGUGAAUCUUCGAGAAUUUUAACUAGCCAAUCAGAUAACAUAGAUUUAACUUUUUUUUUUCCUUUUCAUCAGCUGCAAGUAAUACCUUAUAGUUUUUAAACUGAAUAAAAAAUUUUCCAAAGAUCAGAAAGAUCUGUAAGCAUCUUUUGUUGUACGGGGCUCUGAUGAGAUCAUAUAUCACUGAGUUUUUUUCCCCACAGUUAUGUCCUAAAGCUAUCUCAGCAAAAUAACUGGUUACUUUUCUUUAAAAAUCGCUAAACAAUACAAGAAUAAUUUCUGGUACAUGAUGAUUCCAUAUUACUGUCUGUCUUAGAUCAGUGAGACAUUAUUUUGUUUGCAUAACUUUAAGAUCUUUGUCUUCAUCUGAUGCAAAAUGGAUGAAAACUUCUAAACUACAACUUAGUUAUUUUUCUCUCACCUUUGUACUAAAGUUUUGUACUCAGCAAUUACAGUUCUGUGACCUAAAGUACCUGUGGUAUAGAAUGAAGACACAUCUUUACUCA